GCGGUGGGAGCGCGCACCGCGCACUUUCAGCAGAGGCAGGAGUCGUUGGCGCGAGCAUUGCUCAGUAGCUGAACAAAAGCGUCUUUUCAUUGAGAAGCAAGGAAUUGCCACAAAAGGAGGGCUGUUCUGUUCGCUGCUGGGACUAGAGGGGGAAAAAAACGUUUGCAAUGCUGGACACCCCGAACACCCAAUAUGAUUCCUUCCACUUCUGGAGGCAGCCAAUCCCGGAUCUGGAUCUGUCCGAGCUGGAGGGCCUGGGAUUGAUGGACGGGCCGCCAAUCAAGGGUGGCCAGGUGGAGAAGAAACAGAAGGGCGGGCAGAAGGGCCAGGAUUGGGUGAAGAGCAAGGAGGAGGUGGAGCUAUCAGAGUACAACUCCUUCAACUACUGGAGAGAGCCAAUCGCCAGCGUCGACUUGCUGGACUUCACCCUGCUGCUGUGAGACCCCGCCCCCCCCCCCCGUCUCCAUGGCAACCUUCACCUCUGAUCUCACCCGGAUAAGACCACGUCUUCGUUUCUGACCUGCUGUAAUAUGAGAAACUGUGGAAUUUAAACUGGUACCAUAGUAUUUGUAGUUUCAAGAAAAUAUACUGUGAACUGCCGCACAGUGUUGAACGCUAAUUGGUCCAAACUGUAGACACACAAAGUGGUGCACAGUGGUAAUGUCCUCACAAGUGUAUGAAAUUUUGUCCAGUUUGACGUUAUCUUGUCACAGCAAAUUGCAUGGCAACAGGCUCCCUUCAAGCACUUAAGGAAAUUAUUUCAGCUGUUUUCUGAAUUUCCCAGAACACAGAUGUCAGGACCUUGUCUGAGUUGGGGAACCAGCUGUACUAAUAUAAAUAUGGUUCCUUUAAGAGUUUUGUGAAGAGGUGGUUUUGCGCAAAUUCUCUCUAAAGAGAACUAGAGCUGCACUGCAAGGUGACAAAAAUGGAAAAGUGGAUAGGAGUGAUGCCUCUUCAGCUGUGCCUGCUUUUGAAUUAAACUAGGUCAUGAGUCAGACAAGGAAAUUUGCCUUGUCUGACCUUGUAAAAACAUAAAGGAAAGAAACAGUCUGAUUGUGUUAAAAAGGAAAGCAGAUUUAUUCGUUCAAGCCUUCUGCAAGCCAAAAACACCAUAGUCCACUUUGCGCUUUAUACAAACUUUGCCUUUUUGAGACGCUAAGUAAUUAUUAACAUUAAAACAAUUAUUUAUUUGGUAGAAUUCAUUAUGCUGCUUCAGUCUGCUGUGGGCAGCUUGGUUUCUGGGUAUUGUAGUUUGAAUGUCAGAGGGGGGAAAAGAAAGCAGGUGUAGCUGGUGCCAUAGGUGUUACAACUUGGAAUGUAUGGUCAAGUUGCCGCAUAGUAUGUAUCAUUUGAAGGUAAAAUGUUACAUGUUGGCCCCAAGGUAUCAACUCGAAACACUGUCUAACUGGUAACGCUGCCUACACCAGCCAAUUGUUUCCAGGGGUGAUGGUUAGAUCUUGGAUUGGCACUUGUGAAAUAAAGAAGUCUGAACAAUAAAA